AUGAUUGUUUGUGGAUCAAUAAGAAUUUACUGGAAUAUUCAUUCUCAAAUUCAACUAAAAUCCGGACGAUCAAUUCCACUAGGUUUGUAUCCAAAAUCAAUAGGAAUCUUUGAUUUAAAUCAUCAAGAAUUAAAGAGUAAUGAAACAAGUGAUAUGGAAAAUUUUCAACAAAAGAAUCUCGAUUCGCCAUUUAAAAGUCCAAGUUUUGAUGAUAUUGCAUUAUUAACACGAUUAUCAUUGGAUGAUAUGAAUUUAAGGCGUAGUCAAACAAUUAAACUACCUUCUAGUCGACGAAAAACAUAUGGAAUAUUGUUUCCUACUUUUAUGUCGACCAAUGAUGACGAGGAGUCAAGAUCAUUUAUUCCAGCAACAGAUAGUAUGACCACUAUUUAUAUCAGUAGUAGCACAACAUCCAUCGAAGCUAUACACACUCUAUUUGAAAAACAUUAUAUUGAAACAAACUCAAGUUUAUUUUCAUUAUAUAAAGUUGAAAAAUUAAAUGGUAAUAUUUUUGAAUUAAAUGAUGAUGAUUUUCCUCUAUUAUUACGAAUAUUAUCCGGACCUUUUAAUGACACUCAAUUUUAUAUUAUGGAAAAAGGGCGAAGUCAAACGGUACCAAUCGAAGUAUCGAAUUAUCUUUUAUUACCAGAAACAAUGUUAAAAGCGUUUAUUGAAAAAUUUACAAAUGAAGAAAUUGAUUCGAUCAAUGAUAUAAAACGAAAAUAUUUAGCCUAUAAACAAUUACUAUUGAAAGAAUUUGAAAAACAUAUCGAAAAUAAGUAA